UGAUCCACAUUCCACCCGCACCUGCGCUUCCCAAACCUCCCCUCUCCCCCAGCCUCCGCCCCACUUCUCCUCCAGCAGCACGCGAACCUCCGCCUCUUACAGGCGGACACGCGGGAUGGCGCCGUCCAAGCAGUACGACGAGGGCGGGCAGCUCCAGCUCAUGGAGGCCGACCGGGUGGAGGAGGAGGAGGAGUGCUUCGAGUCCAUCGACAAGUUGAUCUCGCAGGGAAUAAACUCAGGAGACGUGAAGAAGCUGCAGGAUGCGGGGAUCUACACUUGCAAUGGGCUGAUGAUGCACACCAAGAAGAGCCUUACAGGGAUUAAGGGCUUGUCUGAAGCGAAGGUUGAUAAGAUCUGUGAGGCUGCUGAAAAACUUCUGAGUCAGGGUUUCAUGACAGGAAGUGAUCUCCUUAUUAAGCGAAAGUCUGUUGUCCGGAUUACCACUGGGAGCCAAACGCUUGAUGAGCUGCUUGGAGGAGGGAUUGAAACACUCUGUAUCACAGAGGCAUUUGGAGAGUUCCGGUCAGGGAAGACCCAGUUGGCUCAUACUCUUUGUGUCUCCACUCAGCUUCCACUCCACAUGCAUGGUGGGAACGGGAAGGUUGCCUACAUUGACACUGAGGGAACAUUCCGGCCUGAACGCAUUGUGCCAAUUGCUGAGAGAUUUGGGAUGGAUGCCAAUGCUGUUCUUGACAAUAUCAUAUAUGCUCGUGCCUACACCUAUGAGCACCAGUACAACUUACUCCUGGGCCUUGCUGCCAAGAUGGCUGAAGAGCCUUUCAGGCUUCUGAUCGUGGAUUCUGUGAUUGCGCUGUUCCGUGUUGAUUUCAGUGGUAGGGGUGAACUUGCAGAGCGUCAGCAAAAGCUGGCACAAAUGCUGUCCCGCCUUACAAAGAUUGCUGAGGAGUUCAAUGUUGCAGUGUACAUCACCAACCAAGUGAUUGCGGACCCAGGUGGUGGUAUGUUCAUCACUGACCCCAAAAAGCCGGCGGGAGGCCACGUGCUGGCGCAUGCAGCCACCAUCCGGUUGAUGCUGAGGAAAGGCAAAGGCGAGCAGCGUGUCUGCAAGAUCUUUGACGCCCCUAACCUUCCCGAGGGAGAAGCUGUUUUCCAGAUCACAACAGGCGGAUUGAUGGAUGUGAAAGACUGAUUGUUCAUCCAGGGCGCUUCCUGUCUUAAACUGUUGAAUAGUUCUGCUAGCAAAAUCGACAAAGGCUACUGCACCGUUACUCUGUUUUUGCCACUGCAGAAAAGAAAUUGGGCAACCUCUAUGCUGUUUAUACCUCCUGUUGGGUGUUCCGUAAGCUUGUAAUGCCUUAAGGAUUUGUGCUGAGGACAAAAGUUAUCUCGCAUGACUCAUCAUAAGACCUUAGCCUGAUGUAGUGGAGAUGUAAGGUUAACAUGUUUUUUGCUUCAGGGAGACACCAAACUGAAGGAUAUGAAAAUGAAAUAGUCUGUCUUAUUCUUUGAA